CAGUUGUUGACAACUUUAAUGUGAUUUCAUCAUAAACAUCUAAAAACUAUUAUAUAACAUCUGAUAAAGUUAUUUGUUUGCAAGCUAUAACGUAUGAUAUACUGUUUAUUUUUCAAGGUUUGUUCCAUACAAAUCUAAGUAGUAUAAAAUUUUAACCAUGGUGUUAGUGAGGCUAUUGGUUAUAUUAUUGUUGAUACGAGAAACACUUGCAAUAGUUCUUAAAAAUGGUGGUUACGAGGAUGUAUAUGUUAUUAUACUUGACAGCAACAGCGAAAGUGACUUUCUUUUAAAGAGAAUACAGAAUGUGAUGACAAGUGCCUCGAAACUGUUGUUUACAGCUACGCAUAAUCGGCUCUAUUUUAGAAAGAUAAAAAUUAUUGUACCGACAUCAUGGCCUUCAAAACCGGAAUAUAAACAGCUUCCUAUCAACUCAAUCAAAGAGUCAUAUUUCUCAGUAGAUGUACAUGGAUACAAGGCUCCUCACACUAAAGGACUAUUUAUGUGCGGAAAAGGAGGACAUUACAUGCAUUUGUCGCCAACAUUCUUGGACGAAGGACGGUCAGAUUGGGGACUUCAUGAUAGAGUGAUUGUUCACGAAUGGGGUCACCUAAGAUGGGGAUUAUAUAAUGAAUUACCAGUGGGAGCUGAAAAGUUCUAUCAAGCGGAUGGAAAAUGGAAUCCUGUGAGGUGCACGGAUUCAAUUGACGGAGACGUAGGUUUGUAUGAAGGAGGCAAAUGUAAACGAUCAAACGAAUGCAACAUAAACGACGCAAGCAAGAAAAUGAACAAGAAGUGCUCGUUCUGUCCAUACCGGUCUCAAGAUGUAGAUGCCAGUUUGAUGGGUAAUCAGUGGAUACAUAAGUUGUCAGACUUUUGUGAUGAGGAUGUUUCAACGGUAAAGAAAGAACAUCGACACAACAGAUUUGCUCCAACAGAACAAAAUAAACAAUGCAAUUACAGAAGUGCUUGGGAAGUUAUGAGAGAACACAAGGAUUUUCAAACCGUGACAAAACUGCCAACGUCAACCAAUACAGUCCCCGAGUUUGAAAUAAUUCGAGAGACAACUAGCUACCGUGUAUUUGUUUUUGACAUCUCGGGGAGUAUGGAGGGAAGCCGAAUGACAACUCUUCAACAAACCGCUGAUUACGUCAUACAAGAACUUAUUUCAAACGGAACUUGGCUUGGUAUAGUUUCAUUCAGUACAAACGCUGCAGUAGAAAAAGACAUUAUCGAAAUAAACACACAGACUGACCGUGAUGAUCUAAAGAAUGCUGUACCAACAGAAGCCGAUGGUUGGACCUGUAUUGGGUGCGGGUUAAUGGAAGCAACAAAGGUAUUGAAAAGAAAGCUCGGCAAUGCCAUAAACGGAGAGAUUAUCUUGAUCUCUGACGGGGAGAACACACCUGGCAAUGUUGAUAUAGAUACAGCACGCCAAGAAGUUAUUGAUGCGAACAUAAUAGUUCACACUAUAGCUUUAUCACAAGAAGCUGACAAAAGACUUGGCGACAUUGCUAGAGAAACUGGCGGUAGAUAUUACACGUACCUCGACAAGGGAAACAUAACUCUCGUUGGUACCUUCUCUCAAAUACUCUCUGGUGGUCGUACGUCAAUAGCCAACCGAAUUGUUAUGCUAUUAUCGGAAAAGAAAGAUUCGCUCCAGUCUAAUGUUAGCAGCAUUGAUUUUACAAUUGAAGAUGGCCUAGGAAAGGAUACUGCAUUUACCUUUAUGACUCCAGUAGAUAGAAAUAUACAACUACAGCUCAAUGGACCAAACAGUUAUACGCAAUUCUUAGAAACGUAUGGAAACAAUGCAACAUUGUAUGUUCCGGACAUUGCACAGGCAGGGGAAUAUACAAUGACAGUAACAACAGACGAGAUUCCAGGAACUGCUGAGUACCAUGUAAAGUCUGUUAUGACGAGCGACGAUGUAGUACGAGUUACAUCAAUGUUGUCAACCAAUAAUAUUGAUUUUUCCUCCGGAGAACUACCAGUCAUAUUUACCGAUGUAACAAAAAGUUAUCUUUCGGUAUUGAAUGCAACAGUUUCAGCAAGUGUGGAAACGAACGAAACAUCCUGUGAUGUUAGGCUUAAGGAUGAUGGAAUAGAUCCAGAUGCAGUUAUCAACGAUGGAACCUACUCAGGGUAUAUAUUUCCAGACUGCUUAAGUUAUGGUCGGGUCAGCAUUAAAGUAAACGUGAAAGGAAAUAAGAGAGAAACAAUGAUUUUGAAAAGUGUGACUGGAGCCGCGAAUCCCUUUGAAGUUGAUGAGAAACCUGUAAUCUAUGAACGCUCUUUUCAACGUGUGGAAGUUUUGGAGGAGUUAUACGUUACAAAUUAUAAAGAUACCGGGACAUCUGAUGUCAUAGCGCCUGGACGAAUUUCUGACGUAUCAUUGUACCAUAUCAGGAAAGAAUCGACAUCCCAAGGAGAAGUUCGAAAUUUCACGAUAACUUGGACGGCAACAGGAGAUGAUAAAAACGUCGGUCAAGCUUCUAGUUACAUUCUACGAAUUUCGGAUGAUUUUGAAACUCUGCUAAACGAUUUUGAUUCUGCUGAACAACUUGAAAUGGGAAACGUUUCGUUAAUUCCACAAGAGUCGGGAGAAAAAGAAGCUUUAAAGAUUGUUGUAGAUGCCGAGAAGGCCUACACGGAAACUUCGUUCUUUGCUAUUCAAGCUGUGGACGAAGCAGGUAACAAAGGUGACGUCUCAAAUAUCAUCUCUAUAGUUGUUGCCAAGGGUUAUCGUGCGGCUGGAGAAGAAGGCACUCUUACUAUCGAAGAUGAUAAAGAUAAUGUCACAUCAAUCGCAGAAUGUAACUGCGGAAUGAAAUUACUUAUAGUUGUACAAAUAAUUGUAAGUUUUGUGUAUGUCCUUUAUUGAAAUUGAAUGUCAUUGUUAUACAGACAUUUGAGAAGACACAUCAGACACUUAUGUUUGCGGCAGUUAUUGACUCACAGAAAUUGCGAGUCUUUAAUUAAGACAAAUAGAAGUAAUGGUACAGAAAAUGAGAUGUUUUGUACUUUAUUAGUGCAUGUGAUUGACCAUUACGUCCAAGGUUUGCCUCAGAACACUAUUUGUAAUAAUAAUAAAGGCAUAAUGUACUAUAAUUAUACUUUAGUACGCAGUUACAUGCUACACACUUCAACAGUGAUCUGUGCAUAUGAAAAUGCAUCAACGUUUUAAUUCUGAGACUUGGACUUGCAUCAACGUUUUAAUUCUGAGACUUGGACUUUACAAGGUGCUUUGUCAUUCUAUGUUUAUCAUAGACUGUGACGAAAUUUUGCAUGAAUGUGCAUUAUACACGUAUUGUUUAUACGUAGGUGUCAAAAGUUUCAAUUUCAGUUUUUGUAAUUGGGCAAGUAAAACAAACUAUGAUAUGAUAGAAAAGAAUUCUUAUAGGAUCUAAUAAAAACACUGUCAUGCCCGUAAGAGAUUAGUGUUAGUGUUCUUAAGCAUUGUUGAGUUAAUGAUUGUCCUCAUCAAUACCAAUAUUGUCUGCCCGCCCGCUUAGCUCAAUAGGGAAAGCACAAUUCUACGGAUCUCUGGGUUGUGAGUUCGAUCCCCGGGCUGGGCGUAUGUUCUUCGUUACGAUUUAAUAAAUGACAUUGUGUCUGAUAUCAUUCGUCCUCCGCCUCUGUAUCAUGUUGGGAAAUUGGCUUUUACUUGCGGAGAACAGGUUUGUACGGGUACAGAAUCCAGGAACACUGGUUAGGUUAAUUGCCUGCCGUUAAAUAACUGAAAUACUGUUGAAAAAUGGCAUUAAACCUAAAAAACUAACUAACAAAUACCAGUUUUAGAGGAAGUCUCAAUUGUCGACAGUACGGCAUCGGAACAGCGUAUAAUGUGAUAGGGUUAUUUUAAUAGUAGCUUGUUCCGGGAUGCUGUAUUCGGCUCGAGUGGAUUUUGCCAGGUCAGAUAACACAAGGCGCACAGGCGCCAAAUGUGAUCUGACAUGGCAAAAUCCGCUCGAGCCGUUUACAUUAUCCCAGAUCUAGUUACUGUCAAAAUUACCCUUUUAUUACAUAUCAUAUAUAACUCAACCUUUUUGUUUUUCGUUUUUUUUUUUCAUAUUAACGAAAUGACACUAUUUUACUCCACCUAUAAAUCAAGUUCGAAGUUUAAUAAAAACGCAAGAGGCAAAGUAAUCAAAAUAAGAAGUUAAACAUACGAUAAAAGAACAAAUGUGAGUUGUCUUUUUUACGUUUAGGAAUAAAAAUGUAACUUCAGGCUUUAGACUGUACUGGCUAUCGACAAACGAAAAAUGUUGUUUCCCUCUAGUUUCAUUAAAACAAAUUACCCAAUCAUAACGAAACUGCCCACGGUAGGUGUGUGUCCUGUCAGGUUUGCAAUAAACAGACAGGAACAGGCAAUGAAUACAGCAGCUCCAUUGGCACUGAGUUUGACACGAAACGAUACAACAAAACGGGUGAUUCGACUGUCAAGUUUCAAAUAGUUCUCACAAGCUGAUGUCAUUUCUGGUAUACUUAUUGUCCCUUUGUAUGAAAGAAAUGUCUUAGUCAGAUAUCAAGGAAGAAAAUCACAACGGUACACAGGGAUAAAUUCUUGUUUUCAGGAAAAGCUUUUCAUGCAUUAUAGUAUCAUAUUUUAUAUACUUCACUUUAAAACAUCUGUGCUCACAAGGUUGAUCCUUUCAUAUGAUUAUACAUGUAGCCAUCAUUCAGCAAAAUAAAUAGAUAAAGAAAAACAAAUAGUUGUGAAAAUUAUAAUCAUGCAUAAAUAGUUCAUGUACAUGCAUCAGGAAAAUGUUAAAAGCUGGUGAGAGAAGAUAUAUACGCUAUUGAUAGCAUCUGUUAGAUCUAGCAAGGCUUUACAAGUUACGUCCUUUUAUACAUUUAACCAUAUGCUCUGUACAUUUUCUAGCCGGUUUAUACCAAGUAGUCGUUAGAACACACCAGUGUCUUUCUAUAUGAAUUGACAUAUAGUAUCUUUACACUAAACAACAUGUGUUUUAAAGAAUAUAUUACAAAGUGAUUUGA